AUGGCGGAAGUGUAUGCGUGGAAAAAGGAGCAAACGGAGCUCCGAUUCCAAUUCUAUUUGCCAAAGUUUACUGAACUUAUUCGGGAGGUCAUUGAUGAUCUCUUAUUCGUAAAACGAAGUGACAGUCUCACUAACGAGUUUAUUGCUAAAAUGGUGCGCCGGGAGUCUUUUCACAUGAUGCAAUUUUGUCACUUCAGGGGCGCCGGCAAGUAUGUUUUGGGAGGACCAGACCUUAAUGCGGUGAAAUUCGAAUCUGGCAGCCAAGAGUACUGGCAUGUGAAUCAUUUCGAGGCUCGAAUUCGGGGUCUUUUGUCUGACGUUAUGAUGGACCGCAGCAUGUCGAAGUAUAUGCCGACUGUUGAGGAGCGUCGAGUGUAUAACUCUAGACUUUGGUGUAAAGCGUUUGAGAACGCUACGUUCCGCUCACAGGGAGAGGCAGCUAAGCAGAAGUCAGUCGAGUAG